AUCAGCAGCAGCAGCAGCAGCAGCAGCAGGGACGGCAGGAGGAAGGAGGAAGUGGAAACAUCAGCUCGAUCCGCGCACACACAGCACAGCAGAGCAGAGGAGAGGCAGGGUGGGAGACCACGCCGAUGACUGACACGCACUCCCAACACACGCAUAGCCACUCCGGACAUCGGCACUAGUAGGAAGAGGAGUCCUCGCCUCGGCAGUAGCUGCUGCCCACCGCCCACACGCUGACCAGCAGCAGCAGCAGUAGCAGCGGCGGUGUUGGUGUUGGUGUUGGUGUUGGUCGGGACCUCUGGGACAGAACCACCGGCUCAAAGCUUCACAGUCUGUGUCUGCUGCUGCAGAGAUCAGGACCAGCCUGAGGUUUGGAUGAGCCGCCUCCAGCAGUGGUGACCGAGGUGUGAGACGGCUAAAACUCACACCAAACACCCCCCCUCUCGACAGCCAUGCCGCCACCGGCAGACAUCGUCAAGGUGGCCAUUGAGUGGCCGGGGGCCUUUCCCAAGCUCAUGGAGAUAGACCAGAAAAAGCCUCUCUCGGCCAUCAUUAAAGAAGUUUGUGAGGGGUGGUCCUUAGGCAGUCAUGAAAACUUUGCUCUGCAGCUUGCUGACGGAACAAAUUUCUACAUCACGGAAAAGAAUCGUAACGACAUCAAGAACGGCUCGAUCCUGCGCCUGACCACCUCUCCCUACCAGACUGCGUUGCAGCUCCACGAACGGAUCCAGUCAUCCAGCAUGGACGCCAAGCUGGAAUCGCUGAAAGACCUGGCAAACGCGUCCCGGGACAUCACCUUCGCGCAGGAGUUCAUCAACCUGGACGGCAUCACCCUGCUCACUCAGAUGGUGGAGAGCGGGACAGAACGCUACCAGAAGUUACAGAAGAUCAUGAAACCGUGUUUCGGCGACUUGCUGUCCUUCACUCUGACGGCGUUUGUGGAGCUGAUGGAUCAUGGGAUCGUCUCUUGGGACACUUUCUCUGUGGCCUUCAUCAAGAAGAUUGCCAGUUAUGUGAACAAAUCGGCCAUGGACACGGCCGUGCUACAGCGCUCCCUGGCCAUCCUGGAGUCCAUGGUGCUGAACAGUCAGGAUCUUUACCACAAGGUGGCGCAAGAGAUCACUAUUGGACAACUCAUCCCGCAUCUUCAGGGGACCGAUCAAGACAUUCAGACUUACACGGUUGCCGUCAUCAACGCCCUGUUCCUCAAAGCUCCUGAGGAGAAGAGACAGUUUGAUGAGCACAUUGUGGACAUCCUAAAUUGUCCCCUGACAGAGAUGGCCCACAUCCUUGCCCAGAAGCAACUGCGCUCCAUCAUCCUUACUAAUGUGAUUCGGAGUCCCACGGCAAUUAACGACGAGAUGGCGCACCAGCUGUACGUGCUGCAGGUGCUGACCUUCAACCUGCUGGAGGACCGCAUGAUGACCAAGAUGGAUCCUCAGGACCAGGCCCAGAGGGACAUCAUCUUUGAGCUGCGGAGAAUUGCUUUCGACGUGGAGUGCGAGCCCAACAACAGCGGGAGCAUUGAGAAGCGCAAGUCCAUGUACACCCGCGACUACAAAAAGCUCGGCUUCAUUAACCACGUCAAUCCAGCUGUGGACUUCACCCAGAUUCCUCCAGGCAUGCUGGCUCUGGAUAACAUGCUCUACUUUGCCAGGCAUCACCAGGACGCCUACAUCAGGAUUGUUCUGGAGAACAGCAGCAGAGAAGACAAGCACGAGUGCCCGUUUGGCCGCAGCAGCAUUGAGCUGACAAAGAUGCUCUGUGAGAUCCUGAAAGUGGGCGAGCUUCCCAGUGAAAACUGCCACGACUUCCACCCCAUGUUCUUCACCCACGAUCGCUCCUUUGAGGAAUUCUUCUGCAUCUGCAUCCAGCUGCUCAACAAGACCUGGAAAGAGAUGAGAGCCACGAGUGAGGAUUUUAACAAGGUCAUGCAGGUGGUGAGGGAGCAGAUCAUGCGAGCGCUCACUCUCAAGCCUAAUUCUCUGGACCAGUUCAAGAGUCGCCUGCAGAACUUGAGCUACACAGAGAUCCUGAAGAUACGCCAGUCUGAGAGGAUGAAUCAGGAAGACUUCCAGUCACGCCCCAUCAUGGAGCUGAGGGAAAAGAUCCAGCCGGAGAUCAUGGAGCUGAUCAAACAGCAGAGACUCAACAGGCUGUGUGACGGAACUUGCUUCAGGAAAAUCAGCAGUCGCAGGAGGCAAGAUAAGUUUUGGUAUUGCCGUCUGUCUCCGAACCAUAAAGUCCUGCACUACGGAGAUCUGGAAGAGAGUCCUCAGGGUGAAGUGGCCCAUGAUUCUUUGCAGGACAAAUUGCCCGUGGCUGAUAUCAAAGCUGUUAUCACUGGCAAAGAUUGUCCUCACAUGAAGGAGAAGGGAGCCCUCAAGCAAAAUAAGGAGGUGUUAGAGCUGGCCUUCUCCGUCCUCUACGAGUCGGACGAAUACUUAAACUUUAUUGCUCCUGACAAGCAUGAGUACUGUGUGUGGACGGACGGCCUCAACGCCCUCCUGGGAAAGGAGAUGACCAGUGAUUACACCAAAUCUGACAUGGACACUCUGCUCUCCAUGGAGAUGAAGCUCCGCCUCUUGGAUCUAGAGAACAUCCAGAUUCCCGAGGCCCCGCCCCCAAUUCCCAAAGAACCUAGCAACUACGACUUUGUUUACGACUGUAACUAGAUGUACGACCCCCCACGAGCCUGCAACCAAGCAAACUCUGCACCUUCUGUAUUCACUGGACCAACCCCUUUUCUGAUAAACUGGAUUGAAUAAAUUUAUUAUAAAUCAACAAAAAAACAAAAAAGAACUGUGAUUUAAAGGGAGGACUUACUUGUCGAACUAUUCUCUGCUUGGUUCUCGUUAGACUUUUUUAAAGAGAGGAAGUGGGCCAUGAUCACAUCAGUUGAUGCACUUGAGUGAUUUGGGGUUCAGUGCAGCGUCAUCAGGUUGCCAUGGAGAUGAGAAGCCAGGGAGCGUUCGUUUGGCCCGUCAUUGGUCGUCCUGCAUCGUCUUCUUUACUCUCCUCCUUUCUCCUACAUUUCUUCUUCUUCUUCUUCUUCUUCUUCUUCUUCUUCUUCUUAGCCCCGUCACAUGCUUCAAAACAUUUGCAGACAAAUGCUUAGAAAUGUCAUCUUAUUCCCCUUCUUUGGCUGUUUUUCUUCUUUUUUCCCCCUCUCAGGGCUUUGUAGGGAGGGAAGACGGCUGCAGGGAUCUGGCUGGUGGGCGUGUAGUUCAGGAGCAAGGAGAAAGAAAGGGAAGUGUUUUGGGUCCUCCUUUUGUUUGUAUGUUUAUUUGUGAACUUCCAGAUGUAUUUAUUAUCUGUCACAUUCACUCUUCAUUUGUGGCAGCUAAAUGUUAACUAAAGGCUGGAUUACACUUACGGACCAACUCUCUUCUAUCUACGCUGUCUUACUUCACGUAUACUGAAGGCUGUUCUAACCAAUCGGUCGUCAAAGCUAACCUCUGUCUACAAUUAAAAGGCCUCUCUUUUUGAAUAUUGCUGUUAUUAUCCCACUGAUGCUUAUUGCUUAAUGUACACACCCACGCGGUGGCUGUUAGUCAUAACACACACUCUCAAACACACACUUUCACUCAUUCGAGUCUCUCUUGUUGUAAAAACUGCUGUACACAUCAUUCCUAAGCAAUAUUUGAGCUUUUGUUUUAUUUGUCAUUUGUAAGAUGCUCAUCAUUUAGUAAUUUUAAAAUUGUGAACAGCCAGGUAAAUCAAAGGAAGUUGACUUUGUGUGUAUGUGUGUGUGUGUACCAGAUUAUGUGGCCACAGAAAUUUAGAGUUUUUUUGUUUUUAUUUAAAAACAGAUAAUGGUUGUUAUUUCUAUUAUGAUUUAUAUAUUUUCCCCUUCCUAUUUAAUGCCUUCUAAUGUUUUUCUUUAGGAUUUUUCAAAGCUCCUGAAAACUGCUGUUUACAUUAAAGAUUAAAAAACUGUAAGAUGUU